CGGUCGGCGAGGCCGCGCGCUGGCCGGUCCCGCGCUGCCCAGCGGGAGGGGCCCGAGCCCAAGUUCCUCCUCCCUACCGGUCCCCAUCCUUAAAUCAGAGUCCCGACGCCCCGCCUUUUGGAGAGGAAUCCGGGCAGCGGACAGUCGGGGCAGGGCAGGCCCGACAGAGGAGGGCCUGCGGCGACGGAGCAGCUGGCCCACGAGCGUCUCGGCCCCUAUAGAGUGGUUGCUGGAGUUGCGAGGGGACGGGUCCCGAGCGCCAUUGCUGGCGGACGGAACGCCGCCCGGUGCCAGUCCACCCCCGACUGCUCUUCGCCGGCUGGGAGGAACCGUAGUUCGGGCCGGUCCCCAGCCCCUGUACCGGGCCCGAGAAUUGGGUGCCUUGACCGCCGGCCCGCAGCUCGGUCCGCCGCCAGUGCCGGGCAGCCCCGGCCGAGACCAUGUUUGACAAGACGCGGCUGCCGUACGUGGCCCUCGAUGUGCUCUGCGUGUUGCUGGCUUCCAUGCCUAUGGCUGUUCUAAAUUUGGGCCAAAUAUAUCCAUUUCAGAGAGGCUUUUUCUGUAAAGACAACAGCAUCCAGUAUCCGUACCAUGACAGUACCGUCACAUCUACUGUCCUCACCAUAGUGGGGGUUGGCUUACCCAUUUCCUCUAUGAUUCUUGGAGAAACCCUGUCUGUUUACUUUAACCUCUUGCACUCAAAUUGCUUUAUCAGGAAUAACUACAUAGCCACUAUUUACAAAGCUGUUGGAACAUUUUUAUUUGGUGCAGCUGCUAGUCAGUCUCUGACUGAUAUUGCUAAGUAUUCGAUAGGCAGACUGCGGCCUCACUUCUUGGAUGUUUGCAACCCAGAUUGGUCAAAAAUCAACUGCAGUGAUGGUUACAUUGAAUACUACAUAUGUCGAGGAAAUGCAGAAAAAGUUAAAGAAGGCAGAUUGUCCUUCUACUCGGGCCACUCUUCAUUCUCCAUGUACUGUAUGCUGUUCGUGGCACUUUAUCUUCAAGCCAGGAUGAAAGGAGACUGGGCAAGACUCUUACGUCCCACACUGCAAUUUGGUCUUGUUGCUAUCUCCAUUUAUGUGGGCCUUUCUCGAAUUUCUGAUUACAAACACCAUUGGAGUGAUGUGUUGACUGGACUUAUUCAAGGAGCUCUGGUUGCAAUAUUAGUUGCAGUGUAUGUAUCAGAUUUCUUCAAGGAGAAAGAUUCUCCUUUUAAAGAAAGAAAAGAGGAGGACUCUCAUACAACUCUGCAUGAAACACCAACAACGGGGAAUCACUAUCGGAGCAAUCACCAACCUUGAAGGGUGGCAGGGUUCCCAGGUGAAGCUGGUCUGCUUUCUAAAGGAAAAUGACUGCACUGGAAAGCAAGAAGAUGCAUCUUUCUUCCUGGUGUACAGGCCUUUAAGGGACUGCUGCUGCUAUACAUACUCUUGUAUGCCCACUUUACCUGUGUGUAUAUAGUUACAUUUAACACAAUUGUUAUCUAAUAGCUCUAAGUUCAUUAAAAAACUUCAAGCCUUUCACUAAACCAAUGCCCCACCUGUACAUUUUUUAUUAAAAAAAAAUGUAAUGCUUAUGUACAAACAUGUAUGUAAUAUGCUCAUCAGAAUGAUGCUUGAUUUAAAUAUAAUACAAAUGAAAAUG